GAUGCUCGGGUGCGGCAUGUAGCAGUAGCAACUUUAGCCAGAAUGGUUCCAAAGUUGUUUUUCCAUUGUGACCAAGGACAAGCUGACCCUGUAGUAGCGGCAGCUAGAGACCAAAGCAGCGUCUACCUGAAACUGCUCAUGCACGAGACCCAGCCAGCAUCCCAUUUUGCUGUCAGUACAAUCACAAGGAUCUACAGAGGGUACAGUAUUUUGCCGAGCCCCACGGAUGUCACCAUGGAGAAUAAUCUGUCGAAGGUCAUCACUGCAGUUUCACACGCGCUGACAACAUCAACCACUCGAGCAUUGACGUUUGGUUGCUGUGAAGCUUUGUGCCUGUUAUCCACUGCUUAUCCAGUGUGCACAUGGAGUGUUGGGUGGCAUUGUGGGUAUGUGACAUCAUCUAGUGCACAGGCUUCCCGGAUCCAAGUUUACAAGAAUCGGGGUCGAUCUUUU